AAGAACAACAAGUUUGAUUCUUUCUUCCACCCGCUGUUCUCGUGGUUGCCACACAGAAGGCUUUUAGAGGACGUACGUGCGUCGACCAUGGAAGGAGAGACGGAGAUUGGGGAAACCAGUGUGGCGUUGCUGACGAAUGGGGAGGUGAAGAACGGGCCGGGAUUAGCGAGGAGGGCGUGGGCGGAGUUGAAGAAGCUGUGGGCGAUCGUCGGCCCGUCCAUGAUCGGUAGACUUGCCUUGCAGACCAUGUCCGUCAUCACGCAAGCCUACGCUGGGCAUAUCGGUGACCUCGAGCUUGCUUCCUUCGCCAUUGCCUUCACUGUCGUCGCAUUUUUGGCCUUCGGCUUACUGCUUGGCAUGGCCAGUGCGUUGGAGACUUUAUGCGGGCAAGCCUUCGGAGCCAAGCAGUACCACAUGUUGGGGGUGUACAUGCAGCGAUCGAUGGUGGUGCUCUUCCUUUGCGCCCUCCUGCUCCUGCCCUUGUACAUCUUCGCCACCCCGUUACUGGAGUUACUGGGGCAGUCCAAGGAAAUCGCACGGGAAGCCGGAUAUCUCUCCUUGUGGCUGCUUCCUCUCCACUUCUCCUUUGCAAUUCUGUUCCCGCUGCAGAGGUUCCUCCAGUGCCAGCUCAAGAACUCCGUCAACGCCGCCUUCACCGUCCUCGCUCUCCUCGUCCACAUCUUCAUCAGUUGGCUAUUCAUGGGGAAGCUUCAGCUCGGGUUGACGGCGGCGGCGCUGACGCUCGACUUCUCUUGGUGGAUGGCGGUGGCGGGUCAGUUUCUGUACGUCGUCUGUGGGGGAUGUCCUCGAACUUGGAAGGGAUUCUCCUUCGAAGCAAUGGCCGGGCUGUGGGAGUACCUCAAACUGUCAGCCUCAUCUGGUGUCAUGCUAUGCUUGGAGAUUUGGUAUUACAGGGUACUUGUUCUACUGGCAGGCAACCUAAAGAACGCUGAAAUAGCAGUGGAUGCUCUGUCAGUGUGCAUGAACAUAAAUUCCUGGGAGAUGAUGAUUCCAUUAGCUUUCUUUGCUGGCACAGGAGUUCGGGUAGCUAAUGAGCUUGGAGCAGGCAAUGGAAAGGGAGCAAGGUUUGCCACCAUCGUCUCUGUCACGACAUCUGCAGCCAUAGGCCUCAUCUUCUGGUCCCUAAUCAUUGGUUUCCACGACAAGAUAGCUCUCAUCUUCUCGUCGAGUUCGGUUGUGCUUGAAGCCGUUGACAGGCUCAGUAUCCUAUUGGCAUUCACCGUUCUUCUCAACAGUGUUCAACCAGUUAUCUCCGGUGUUGCUGUUGGGUCAGGGUGGCAAGCAAUGGCGGCGUACGUAAACAUAGGUUCAUACUACUUCAUUGGAAUCCCCAUUGGGAUCUUUCUAGGAUGGAUUCUUAAACUUGGCGUACUGGGGAUAUGGGCUGGAAUGAUUGGUGGAACAGGCAUUCAGACAUUGAUCUUGACCAUUCUGACCAUUCGGUGUGACUGGGAUAGAGAGGCAAUCAUAGCAAGGGAGCGUGUGAAGAAAUGGUCAGUUCCAGACGAAGAAGAAGAAGCUAAAUUCUUGAACCAGACAGGUUGCUUUGGGCAGAAAGAUGAACUCAAUUAUGAUGGCCAGUGAUUUAUGGAGCAAGUUACAUUUAUUUGGGAAUAUGCAGCAAAUGAAGGGAAGGAAUAAGCUGUAUUGACUUCAAAACAAUUAGCUCUUGCAUACUAAGCUCUGGCAAUGUGCUAAAACAUUGAAAGGAACAGCUCCGGAAAUAUAGCUCUUUCCUUGGCUCGAAUCUUGUAUUCUUGCAGAUAAUAUAACAGGAGAGUUUCUAUACCUUAAAGUGGAUAUAAUGAUCAAGGCAAGUGAGCAAUUGCAUGCAGCUUUGCCAUGUUGCCAAGUUCUCCUCGUUCGAAGAGACUUGAUGCACUGUAGAAAGAAGCAAUUCACACAACAUUGAAAAGGAACCAUUGACAGUGUGGAAGAGAUAGAAGGGUGAUGUGAAUGGAGACGAGCGAGGGCACGUAACACGAACGUGACUCGGGUUGAGAGCGGUCAGGUGAGAGGGAGACAGCACACGUGCGAACGUGGCUAUCGUGGGAGCAAACUCCCAAUGUGGGGCGCCGAGGCACGUACACGGCUUUUGAGGCGAGAAGCGCUCGUGUGGGGCGCCCGCCUCUAUAUCUCUGGCCUCCUUCGCACCCCCAUGCAAUGCAAUAGGGAGCAGAGGAGAGAUCGGGGAGGGAUGGGGAGGCCGGAGACGAGGCGAAGCUGGUGCAAGCGGCACCCGAAGCACCCACAGUCGACCGGAGUUUGCCCCUUCUGCCUCCGGGAGAGGCUCUCUCGCCUCUCCCAAUGCUCCUCCUCCUCUUCCUCUUUUGUAGCCUACAUCUCUUCUCCAUGGGCCCAUUCAUCGUCCUCCUCGUCCGGCUCCGACAACCCAUCUUCUUCUGCCUCCUCACCGCCGCGCCACCGUGACGUGAAGAGGGCGAGGGUCUCCUUUCUUCUCAAGCGCGACACAGCGGCGAGCAGUGCACUGAUGAAGAGCCGGUCCCUGGUGGUCGUCGUCGGAAGUCGUGAGGAUGAGGAGAAAGAAAAGGAGACAGAUGUAAGUAAAGGAAAACAGAAGGAGAAGGUGGAGAAGAAAGACAAGUUUUGGUCAUGGCUGCUCAGUGGUUCAAAGAGGAGACAGAAGAAGGAGGGUAAUGGAGACUCGCUGCGCCCACAGACCUUCAAAGAGAAGCCUUCAGCGAAGUGGAUCUUAUUCUCCUAAAACACAAGUCGUUCUCUACAUGUUCGGCUACUACUAGCAUUAAGUUCUUUUAAUGUCUUCUUCUUGUUGUCGUAUGCGUUAAAUGUUUGCUUGUUAUUGUACAGAUCAAAGAACGUAGAGAUGAGAGUUGCACAUA